AUGGAGUGCAACAAGGAAGAAGCUUCAAGAGCUAAGGAUUUAGCUGUGGUAAAGCUGCAAGAAGCAGACUAUGCUGGUGCUAAAAGGAUUGCCCUCAAGGCUCAAAAGCUUUUCCCUGGCCUUGAAAAUAUUUCUCAGCUGUUAACUGUUUGUGAAGUUCACUGCUGUGCUGCUGUUAAGAUCAAUGGGGAGACUGACUGGUAUGGUAUCCUUCAAGUAGAAACAACUGCAGAUGACAUGUUACUCAAGAAACAAUACCGCAAACUUGCUCUCUUACUCCAUCCAGAUAAGAACAAGUUUGUGGGUGCUGAAGCUGCCUUUAAGCUAAUUGGAGAAGCUCACAUGAUACUGACAGAUAAAGUAAACCGUUCGCGUCAUGACUCAAAAAGGAACUCAGUUAUUCCAAAAUCUGCACCAAAGAAGCGUGGACGACCAUCAAAGAAAACUGAUUAUGUUGCUAAGAGGGCCAAUAAGGAGAACACUGAUGCUGGAUAUUCAACUUUCUGGACCAUUUGCUUGACUUGUGGAACCAAAUACCAGUAUCCAUAUAGUUUGUUGAUGAAAGUUCUCUGGUGCCAGAUCUGCUCAAAGGGUUUCCUUGCUUAUGAUUUGUCUAAAAAAACUUCUGUCGGAGUGGAAGCAUCAAAUCCAUGGAGUGGAUUUGGGGUGCCACACCAAAUGUUCCCCCCAAAUCAAUGGACACACUUUGCCAACCAACAACACAAUUACCAGAGUGUCCCUACUCAGCAAAAUCCUAUCACUGGUCAUCAAGCUCCUGUCCCCAACCAGCAACAGCAACCUCGGAAUGUCUCUGGUAAGCAAACUCCAGACAUUAACCAGCAACAACAAUCACAGAAAUUCCCUUUCAGUUCAGGGCCAAAGAAUGUGGUAAAUUCUCAUCCAUGGGGUGGAUCUGGUAUGCAACAGGAAAUGUGUCCUCCGAGUCAACCCACACGUGUAUCUGACCAAAAACUCUACUAUCAAAGGGCCCCUUGUCAGCAAAACCCUGUCAAUGGUCAUCAAACUCCUGUCACUGACCAUCAACAGCAAUCUCCGAAAGUUGUGGAUAAGAAUACUUCUGUCACUACCCAGCCACAAUCUACAAAACUCCCUUUCAAUUCAGGAUCAAAGAAUGUAGCGAGUUCUCAAGGGGCAGCCUUCCCGAACAAUAAUGCAACUGCAAACAGUAAUCUUAUGGCUGAAGCUGGGGCUUGUAAUAGAGAAAAGAUUACAAGGACAUCAUUCAAUGAUGAAAAUGGCGAAGAUAGAACUAAAUCACCAGUUGUGAAUUCUGAUAAAGUUCAUCUAGUAAACGAGCAAAUGAAGGGAAAGGAGGUAGCUACAGGAUCCAGUCAUCCUGUUGCCAUAAAUGGUAGCCAGGUUGCUACGAAAGAUGUUCUUACUGCCGCAAGUGCAGAUAAAACAUCUGGGCAGCAUCCUUGUAUAGCAAGCCAGCAGAGAAAUAAUGUCAUUGUUGAAGAUGGGUCUGAUGGGUGUGGAAAGGUUAGCGAUCAUCUUCCUGAUUCUCCUGCAAUGAAAAGGAUAAGAAAAGAACAUUCUUCCUAUACUGGUGGCAAAAGUGAUCAUACAACAGAAAAUGAAGUUGCUGAAACAAACAGCCAACACAAAUAUAGUAUUCCAAGCAAAGAGAAGAUGACAAAUGAAAAAGAAGAAGCGAUCAGUGGCUUAAAUCACGAUGUGUUGCAAGGAACAAAAAGAAAACAACAAACUGCAAGUUCUGGAAGUGGAAGCGAUGCUGCUGCUAGAUCUGUGAACAAUAGUAUUCCCUGCAAUGUUACAGUUUCAUGUCCAGAUUCAGACUUCUACGACUUUGAGAAAAACAGGGAUGCAGAUCAAUUCACAGUUGAUCAGAUAUGGGCAAUUUAUGAUGAUCAUGAUGGCAUGCCAAGAUACUAUGCUCGAAUUAAGCAGAUUUACUCUCCAAACUUCAUGUUGCAGUACACAUGGCUAGAGCAUGAUCCUUUGUGUGAUGCUGAGAAGGAAUGGUCUUCUAAGGAGCUGCCUGUUGCUUGUGGAAAUUUCAGAGUUGGAACAACACACUUGACUGAAGAUACCAAGAUGUUUUCUCAUGUUGUUUCUUGGACAAAAGGAAGGAAGAGGAACAGAUAUGAGAUUUAUCCUAAGAAAGGUGAAGUUUGGGCACUUUUCAGGGAAUGGGACAUCAAGUGGAGUUCAGAUUCCGAUGAUCUUAGGCAUUAUGAUUAUGAUAUUGUUGAAAUCACCUCAGACUUUGCUACGGGUUUAGGCACUUAUGUGGUUCCCUUGGUAAAGAUUAAAGGUUUUGUCAGCUUAUUUGUUCGAUCAAGCAAUGAAGCACCAUUUCUGAUACCUAGUGGCAACACCCUUAGUUUCUCGCACAGCAUCCCUUUUCACAGGUUGGCAGAAACUGAGAGGAAACACAUCCCAAAUGGUGCUCUUGAGCUGGAUACUGCAUCACUACCUUCUGAUUUGGAGAAAGCGUUUUCUCCUGUGACCCUUGACAGCAAUUUUAUGAGCACACGAGAUGGUAACACUGCAUGUAACGUUUCAUGUACUAGCUCUUGUAAAGUGCCAGUUGGAAAGACCAAACAGAGUCAGGAUGGUACUGGUACAGAUGUGAAGGAUGAAGUUGAGAAAUUGAGUCAGAAUACAAAGAUUGAACAAGAUAAUGGCUCAGAAGCUUCAGUGAUUGAUCAUUGUGGUGAUGGGUGGAAUGAUAGCUCUCCACCAGAAUCUCCAACUAGUUUUUGUUACCCUGAUACAGAGUUUUGCAACUUCACUAGUUUGAGAUCAUUUGACAAAUUCAAGAAAGGGCAAGUUUGGGCACUGUAUUGUGAUACUGACAAGUUCCCAAAGUACUAUGGUUUAAUAAAGAGCGUCGAUUCAGAAGAUUGCAGAAUUCACAUAAAGUGGCUUGAGCACUGUCCAUGUGAACAAGUGGAGAAGCACUUGGCACAAGACGGUUUGUCUAUUGGCUGUGGAAUAUUUGAAGUCAGCAGGCAAAGUGAAAUCUAUGAUUGUACAGAAGUCUUCUCUCACAAUAUGGAGGUGACGCUGACGGGUAAAGGGAAAAAAUAUGAAAUCCUUCCGUGUACUGGCCAGGUGUGGGCUAUAUACAAGAACUGGAGCCGUGCAUGGAGUUUCGAAGAUUACAGUAGAUGUGAAUAUUUUCUGGUCGAGGUCAUGGAGAUUUCUAAUGUUAAUAUAACAGUGUCAUGUCUUACUAAAGUGGAGGGCUUCAGCACAGUAUUCAUGCCAGAGCAGAAAGGUGAAUCCAGGAGUUCCAUGAGAAUAGCAAGGAGUGACUUCAUUAUGUUCUCUCAUCAGAUUCCUGCCUUCCGCUUGACAAAUGAAAACAACAAUCUUUGUGGUUACUGGGAACUUGAUCCUGCAUCACUACCAGAAGUUUUACUGGUCAGAAAAACCAAGUGA